AUAUAUCUAUAUACAUAUAUAUAUGUGUGUCAAUUGCCAAAACUUGCGGCAAUUCCGAACAACUAGAUAAAUCAAACAAGUGCAACAUGGUUUCCAUAACAAAUGUUCAAACAAAUCAUAGCCAAUAAAUAACUGAUAAAAAAAUUAAAAAAUAAAAAAUAACUUAACCAUCUCAGAAUAUUAACUGAACUAAAAUAACUGUGAAAGCUGCAAAAGUGACUUUGGCUAACAGCAAACAGCAAAAGUAUCUGCAAGAUACAAACGUGCAUUUAACGGAUUUCACACUAAUUGAAGUGUUCUGGAUAUUUAGGCAUCUACAGGUGCUAACAAAGCCCACAGGCAGCAGCUAGUAAAAAGUAUCUGCAACUGUGACUAACUGCAAAUAUUUAAAAUCAAACUCAAGUCAAAAGUAUCUUUGAGUUGCAAAAGUAUCUGCAGGCUAUAAAACGCAGCAAAGGCAGCAACAGAUGCACAAAAAAGUAUCUGCAGCUAAGGAAAAGAAGCUUAAGCAAAUGUAUCUAUGAAUUGUAAAGUAACUACAAAAGUAUCUUUGAGUUACAAAAGUAUCUGCAGCUAAGCAAAAGGCAGCUAAUGCAAAUCUAUGAAUUGUAAAGUAUCUGCAAGCGGCGAUAUACAGAAGUAUCUUUGAGUAUCUGCUUAAAAGUAUCUGCAGCCAAGGCAAGGCAGCUAAAGCAAUUGUAUCUUUGAGAUACACAAUAAAGUAGCUACAGCUAUUAAAGCCAAUGCAUUUAUGAUAUGCAAAGUAUCUACAAGCCAGUAGAGAGCACACAGCCAAGUAUUUGCAACGCAGCAAAUGUAUCUACGACUAGCAAAGUAUCUAUAGCAUACUAGAGACAGCCAAGAGCAGCACCGAAAGUAUCCAAGAGCCUUGCGUUAGCUUGAUGUAUUUGCCCUGAUCACUGGCAAACUAGAGCUUGAAAUCCAAUUGCCCAGAGCAACACAGAUUGCAACAUGCUGACCAUGGAAGCGGACAUGAAAUGUGGCAUCUUGCCUGGACAAAUGCCGCCGCUGCAUGGCCAUGCGCACGCGGCUGCUGCAGCCACUUCAUACUCGGCGUUGGCGCCGCUCAUGAACCUGGGUCCAUCACAUCUCACCCACUCGCAUCUCAGCCAGCACAACCAUCACCAUCAUCAUCAUCAUCAUAUGAGCGCACAUAUUGCAGCCAGCCAGAGCCCCAAUCCGCUUAGCUCGCUGCAGUCGAGCAUUGCCAACACGCUGAACGGCGCCACGCAGCAGCAGCAGCAGCAGCAGCAGCAAAGCUCGCCGUUGCACAGCUCCAGCGAGCUGAGUCCGACGCAGAGCAGCAUUGGCAGCCAUCACAUGACCUCACCAGUUAGCCAUCAUCAGCAGCAGCAGCAGCAACAGCAGCAACAGCAGCAGCAGCAGCAACACUCGCAGCAUCCAUCGCUGAUGGGCGCGGGCAGCGCCUUGAGCAGCAUGACCUCCAGCAACAACAACAACAACAACAACAGCGCCACAGCCAACAAGAAUCAACAGCACGCGGAUCGCGUCAAGCGGCCAAUGAACGCGUUCAUGGUCUGGUCGCGCGGCCAGCGUCGCAAAAUGGCCUCGGACAAUCCGAAAAUGCACAACUCGGAGAUAUCGAAACGUUUGGGCGCCCAGUGGAAGGACCUGUCCGAGGCCGAGAAGCGACCCUUCAUCGACGAGGCGAAACGUCUGCGCGCCGUCCACAUGAAGGAGCAUCCGGACUACAAAUAUCGUCCGCGUCGCAAGACCAAAACGCUGACCAAGACCAAGGAGAAAUACCCGAUGGGCGGCGCUGGCCUGAUGCCCGGCCAGGUGCAGCCAGGUGGCGAAAUGCCCGGCACCCCGACGCGCAUCAGCCAGGUGGGCAUGUCGCAGAACAGCCAGGCGCUGAACGGUGCGAGCGGUGCAUCGGCGGCCGCCGCUGCUGCUGCCGCCGCCGCCGCUGCCGCCCAACAGGUGCGCCCCAACAUACAUCAGAUGAGCGUGCCCAACGGCUACAUGCCCAACGGCUACAUGCAUCCCGAUCCCGCUGGCUACCAGACGCACUACAUGAACUAUGCGCCGCGCUACGAGAUGACGCACAUGUACAACGGCUACGGCAUGUACGAUACGGUGGCUGGCGGCCAGACCUCGCCGUACGGCAGCAGCAGCUUGCAACAGCAGCAGCAGCAGCAGCAGCAGCCCGGCUCGCCGUCGCCGUACGGCAGCGCGGGCCUGCAGCAGCCGGGCAACGGCUCGCCGGCGCCGUAUGGCGCGCAAAUAUCCUGCCAGAGUCACAGUCCCAGCGAUUCCAGCAUCAAGUCGGAGCCCGUCUCGCCCAGUCCCAGUGCGAUUGCACUGAACAACAACAACAACAACAACAAUAAUAAUAACAACAACAACAACAAUCACAUUAUGAAGCGCGAAUACGUGACAUCGGCGACAGCAGCAGCAGCAGCCGCGGCGGCAGCAGCCGGCGCUGGCACCGAUCUCAACAAUCUGAUGAACAUGUACCAUCUGCACGACGCGCCCGAGCAGCAGCGUCAUCUGAUGCACUAUCAAACGGCCUCGCCGGAGCUGCAGCAGCAAUCGAUGCAGCACGUGAUGCAUCACCAGCAGCAGCAGCAGCACCAGCAGCAGCAGCAGCAGCAGCAACUGGCGCAGCAGCAGCAACAUCCGCAACAGCAUCUGCAGCAACAGCAGCAGCACCAACAGCAUCAGCUGCAUCAGCAAUCGCUGCGUGCAAUGGCGCCGCUGGCACACAUGUGAGAAAUGGCCAGCGCCUAUGGAGCAGCCGCCGUUGGGUCUGUGA